GUGCUCCACAGACAGGGUGUGUAUGUACAUCGUUGGGUUAAUUCUUACAUUUUCAAUACCUCCCGGUAAUGGUGAAAAGCGAGAAAGUUGUAUACAGUUUAUUUUUAACCACGUGGAAAUCCGAUUGAGUCGAAGGGAAGAGAAAACAUCAAGACUAAGAGGAAGUCGUCCCGAUCUACGUGAACUGUAGGAAAGUGAGCGGUCAGAUCGGCGUGACAUAACCUCGAACGACUAAAGAUGUCUCACGACCACAUGCAUCACAUGAUGAACUCGUCGGGAGGCCACGAAUCUCACGGCGCGAUGAUGUCUCACGAAGGCAUGAAGCACGACAAUAUGGAUCAUUCCGGCAUGCACGAAGACCACAGUGGCCAUUGUAUGGAUCAUUCAAUGCAUGGAAUGUCGAUGGCUUUCCACGGAGGAUACUGCGAAACCGUGCUGUUUGAUUCGUGGAAGAUCGCGUCUGUCGGAGGACUAGUUGGAUCAUUCAUCGGCAUCCUGAUAAUGGCUGCCCUUUACGAGGGCCUCAAGUACUAUCGAGAAUAUCUCUUUUGGAGGACGUAUAAUGCCCUGCAGUACAGGAGCGUGUCGAUGCCGCAGGAGAAGAACGUCGUUUCCGAGGACAAUCGGGUUGUACAUAUGGUUGGUGAAGUUAUCCACAAACAGCCGCCCACGAUGCUGUCCUGGAUGCAUUCCUUCCAGACGAUAUUACACAUCGUGCAGAUCGUCCUCUCGUACUUCCUUAUGCUGAUCUUCAUGACAUACAAUGUCUGGCUGUGCUUUGCGGUAGUUUUGGGUGCUGCCAUCGGUUACUUCUUGUUCGGCUGGAAAAAAUCUGUAAUCGUGGACGUAACGGAACAUUGUCACUAGUGACUCGUCCUGCCGGCAUUACCCGGUUUAACUUCCUUGCGAGUAUACACACAUGAACUUGUCACAGUAAAGUUGUUUUCGAUUGUUGGAAGGAUGUCUUUGCUAUGGCAGGAUCAACAUUAUAAGCAGACGAUGUUAGAUUUUAUUAAACAACUUCCAGUGAUUGUGUGAAACUCCUCUGGUUACUUUACAUUUGAUACGCUGCAGCGUACGGAACGGCCGUAAUUGGAGUAAAAAGGGAAUAAACCUUGAACGCACAUAUGUGCGCAUACGUUGUUAUGGUGCAAGACGAAUCCAUGAAAUUUUAUAACUGAACGGUUUUAACACUCACCGUUGAUACAGGGUGUUAACGUAUCUCAAGUUGUCUUGCAGGUGAUGUGGAAGUGAUAGCGGAAGAAUUUGUAAAUCGAUAUUGCGAUCCGACCUAAGCACGAUCAAUGCUUACACUGUCCGCCGAUGUAACGAGCUAGAAUUAAAGGGGAUUGAAAUGUCGAAAGGCUUCCACGCCCUCGCAAAAUUGGCAUUACCGAGGAAUUGUUUUUGUUGCAUCUUAACGAGUCCUGAUUUCCGUUGACGGUUUAUUCUGGAUGGGACGGAAUAAGUUUCUGUCGUAAUGCCAGGAUUUAGAAAUUUAUCAAACGCCUAAAGUUACAUGUAAAUAUGAAAAAAUUGCUGAAAUGUAUAUUAUAGUACAAACAUGCUGUUCUGAGACUGGUAUACUCUUUUACGACUUUACACGUUCAGUGAUGUUAAUCGAAAAGAGCUUCGUCUUUCUUUUUUUUUCUUUUUCUUGAUCUUUUUAUCGGUGAUUUUGGAGGGGUAAGGCACAAACAUAAGUAACAAAAGUUGUAGAAGGAUUAUAGCAUCCCAGUCAAAACUGUUACCCAAUAUUGUAUUAUUGUAUUGUAAUAUAACGAAUAAAUUAAUGAAACUUUGAAA